AUGCAGUUGAUCUCCGCCACGUCCAUACUGAUUCUUCUGGCUUCGGUUUCUGCUCAAUAUUUCCCCGCCACUCCGAAGAAUGUGACUGUUGUCAAUUCGCAGAUCGAAGAUGGGGUUUUGAUCUCAUUCAAAGAGCCGGAAAUAUGCGAAACGACUCCUGGGGUACGAUCAUAUGCUGGUUACGUCCAUCUACCUCCUGGCAUCCUGGAUGAUCUCGGCGUCGGCCAGAAUUACACAAUCAACACAUUCUUCUGGUUUUUCGAGUCUCGAAAGGAUCCUGCCAAUGCUCCCCUUUCUAUCUGGUUGAACGGGGGGCCUGGAAGCUCGUCCAUGAUUGGCCUAAUGCAGGAGAAUGGACCAUGCAAUGUCAACCAUGACUCCAACACUACAACGCUAAACCCCUGGUCAUGGAACAAUGAAGUCAAUAUGCUUUACAUUGACCAGCCCAAUCAGGUCGGACUAUGUUAUGAUGUCUUGAAAAAUGGCACUCAAGAUCUGCUCGACCCAUCCGGCGACGUGAUCAUCAGCAACUUCUCGGAGAGUGUCCCUGAGCAAAAUAACACUUUUCUCGUCGGAACGUUUCCAAGCCAGCUUCUAAACUCCAGUGCCAACGGGACCACCAACGCAGCACGAGCCCUUUGGCAUUUCGCUCAAGUGUGGUUCCAGACGUUUCCAGACUACAAACCCAACAACAACCGCGUUAGUCUUUGGACCGAAAGUUACGGUGGACACUACGGUCCCGCGUUCGUUUCCUUCUUCCAAGAGCAGAAUGAGAAGAUUGCCAACGGGACCUGGAGCGAGCGGGGUGAAACGUACGAGAUCUAUCUUGAUACACUAGGAAUCAUCAACGGCUGCAUCGACACUCUGAUUCAAGAACCGAGCUAUCCCCACAUGGCAUACAACAAUACCUACGACAUUCAAGCCAUUAAUCGCACUACCUACGACCAGGCAAUGACCAGCUUCACCGAACCGGGCGGUGUGCGUGAACUCAUCGAAACAUGCAGAGCACUGGCCGCAGAAGGUGACCCGGAAAAUCGAGGGAACAACGCUACUGUCAACGAAGCAUGCUCUGCGGCCAACGAUGCCACCUGGGACGUGGAGGGGCCCUAUGUGGAGGUGUCUGGGCGAAACUACUACGACAUUGCCGCCAUAGACCCGGACCCGUUUCCACCCAAUUACUAUAUCGGAUAUCUCAACCAGCCGCACGUCCAAGCCGCGCUGGGUGUCCCUGUCAAUUACACCAACCCGGGCGGAAACGCACCAUACUACGCGUUUCAAGAUACAGGUGACUACCCACGCGGUGGCUACCUCGAAGACCUCUCCUACCUGAUCGACAGUGGGAUCAAGGUGGCUUUCGUCUACGGCGACCGUGACUACGCCUGCAACUGGAUCGGAGGUGAAGCCGUAUCCCUGGCCGUCAAAUACUCGCAUACCGCUGACUUCGCUGCCGCCGGCUACGCCAACAUUACUGUCAACUCCAGCUACGUCGGUGGUCUCGUCCGACAAUAUGGCAACUUCUCUUUCUCCCGCGUCUUCCAAGCCGGCCACGAAGUACCAGCCUACCAGCCCGAAACCGCGUAUGAGAUCUUCCGUCGCGCGCUGUUCAACUUGGACAUCGCAUCCGGCACUCACAAUACGGCACAGAACGACAGCUAUUCAACAGUUGGUCUGUCACAUUCUUGGUCCGUGAAAAACGUCCCUCCAGCCAGUGAUCCGCCUGUGUGCUACUCGUACAAUCCGCUCGCGACGUGUACGGACGAGCAGCUCGAUAGCAUCAUCGAUGGAUCGGCGCUGAUUCAAGACUAUAUUGUCCUGGAUAAAUACUCGUCGAGCCUGUUCCCCGAUCUUGCCAGUGCUGCUAACGCUACGAGCGGCAAUUCUACAAGUGGGAACGGAACGUCAAGUGGAGGGGACAGUGACAAUGGGAACAGCUCGGGAGGAGGAAACGAGAACAGCGCUAGUUCCGAAAGACUCGAAAGAAGCCUGUGGCUUCCGAUCGGUCUUACAACUUUCGUUGUGUGUUGUGUAUGA